UCACCAUCAUCGACCCCUUCCAGUCUCAGCUUUAUACAACUAGCAUUUUUGCAGCGAUCUGCUCUUUUGCUUCUCUGAUUAAUUCUCUUAUUCAAUGGCCAACAUGGCUUUAAAGUCUAAAGUAGUCCCUGGUUUAGGGUUCUUGUGUGUGUUGAUGUUGGUGCAUAAGGUUGGUGCCUAUGAGUUCGUAGUGGGUGGCCAAAAGGGAUGGAGCGUCCCAAGUGAUCCCAAUUAUAAUCCCUACAAUCAAUGGGCUGAAAGUAGCCGAUUCCAAGUCGGAGACUCCAUAGUGUUCAACUAUAAAUCAGGACAAGACUCGGUGCUUCAAGUGAAGAGAGAAGACUACGCCAAUUGCAACACGAACUCGCCUAUUCGAAAAUACUCAGAGGGCCACACAGUGAUCAAGUUUAAUCAGUCAGGGGCUCACUACUUCAUUAGUGGGAAAAGAGAGAACUGUCUCAAGAACGAGAAGGUCACCGUUAUCGUCUUGGCUGACCGGUCCAGCAGAUCCAACGCCACAACCACUUCUCCUGCACCUUCACCUUCGGCUGCUGCACCGGCACCCACUGGUCAGCAGACUCAGUCUCCACCGCCGGCCCCUUCAUCCCCAACUCCUUCUCCGGCAAGUGAUCACACUCCUUCGCAUAAUGCUGCUUCUCCUAUCUCCCUCUCCUUCGCCGGAACUGUUGCUGCCUUCGUGGCUUCCGCCACCCUCUUCAGUCUCUAAUUAUAGUUAGUGUAUGUGAUGUGAGUGAUUGAGUUUUAUUUAUUUUUUUAUUUUUUGACUUUUUGUGGGCAUUCAUUAACAUGGUUUUGUGGCGUCUCAAGUCCAAAAUUAUUGUGACGGUGUUUAUUUUAUUUUAUUAGUGACAAUUAAUAAUAAACGGACAAGUGUAUUCUAAAUGUUGUCAAUGGAAUAAAACCAUUGUUUGCUUGGAUAGAUA